CCGGCUCGCGGAACGGACGUUUACCGGUCGCAGCUACGAACCCACCAACGACACCAAGCACUUGCCGGGCAGACCAGGCCUCGUGGAGGCGCCCCAGCCCCCCCACACCCCGCAACGACGCGUCCCAGAGGCACCGGAUCCUCCUUCAGCACUCCCAGCACUCACUGAAGAAGACACUAUGGAAUUCUCCGUUUUCCAGACUAGAAAUAAGUAACUCGGGGAAAUGAAGAAACUCGCCCGACGACCCUCAGGCAGUAGCACCUGGCCAGGUUUGCUUUCUGAACCACUAACUCCACUCGCGCGCGCCACCUUUCCUGCCUGGGCCUCUUGCGGGUCACAGGGGUGGAAGCCUGACCCGGGCCAGGGCCCGGAUUUCUUCCUCCUGGCCUCUGUGCCACCGCCCCCGGUGCCAGGAAGCGCUUUUCUCUCCCCGAGACCCAGACGCGCCGAAAGACUCGCGCGGUCAGUUCCCCGCCCCACGCCCUGGGCUGUGCGUUUUCUUGUCGCGCGGUCCGUUCCCCGCCCCACGCCCUGGGCUGUGCGUGUUCUUGUCGCGCGGUCAGUUCCCCGCCCCACGCCCUGGGCUGUGCGUUUUCUUGUCGCGCGGUCCGUUCCCCGCCCCACGCCCUGGGCUGUGCGUUUUCUUGUCGCGCGGUCCGUUCCCCUCCCCACGCCCUGGGCUGUGCGUUUUCUUGUCGCGCGGUCAGUUCCCCGCCCCACGCCCUGGGCUGUGCGUUUUCUUGUCGCGCGGUCCGUUCCCCGCCCCACGCCCUGGGCUGUGCGUUUUCUUGUCGCGCGGUCCGUUCCCCGCCCCACGCCCUGGGCUGUGCGUUUUCUUGUCGCGCGGUCAGUUCCCCGCCCCACGCCCUGGGCUGUGCGUUUUCUUGCCAGCCUCUGCCGAGUGCGGGCAACGGCGCCGCCAGACUCCCCCGGACCGCGCUCCGGCUCACGCCCGACCAGAGCACCUGCUCCACAGGUGGGCGUUCUGCGCGUCCUUCCUCCCCGGUGUGAUUUUCGUUCUUUUUCCUCUCGUGGUCCCCAAGAACCCAGGCACCCCUCGACGUCGGUGCCGGCGGUACCGGGAAUCCCUCCCCUGGACUCCCUGCGGGCCCGAAGCCACCUUCUAAUCCCAGCCGCCUUCCCCAGGCGGCGGAGGUGGGCAGCUCCGGGCUCCGCGCCGCCCCGCGAAGCCGGAAUCUCUCUUCGGAGUCUCGCUGCAGCUCUCCACUUCGUCGCCCCGCACUGGAUCCUGGCUGCCUAGAUCACACGGCCCCGUUUCAUUCAUUUUUACUUAAUAACGGUCGUUAGACAAUUGAGAGAAACAGCAGAAACCACGAGAAAAAUAAUGGAAUCCAACGGCGGUAAGGACUGACAAGGCUGGCGGGGAGAUUUAGCAAAUGGUGGCUUCUGAGAGUUUGCACCAGUGCUUCACCACGUUUUAUUGGAAGUGUGGAGAGUCAUGAUUCUCAUUCCUCCCCAGCCUUCCGGAAAAACGCUCAGAAAUUUCUUUCCACAUUGACACCUGAUUACAGUCUAAAUAGUAACCUUAUUCUGAUUGUUAAUGUAACCUUCUCGUAAUCUCUACAAAAAUACUUUAGUUUUUCUAGCUGUGUUUUCAUGUAAUCACUGAAAUUAUUUUUAAUUGGUUUUAAGCAUUCAUUGAUUCCAUAUACACCACCUGCAAAAAAGUUACAUAGGUGAUCGCUAACAAUACUAGAAUUCGCCCCAUCCAAAGGAAACAUUAGAGUAGAAAAAGAAAAAGGAUUUGAGAAUCCAGUAUGAAAUUCAGUCAAUCAUUACUUCCCUGUUACUCAACUACCUUAACAUUGUCAGGUUUACCUGAACAUAAACUUCAUUUUCUUAAUUCUUCUUAGAACAAAGGGAUAUGUUUAUUGAAAUCAGUAAUUAAGAAUAUUUUGGGACAGUUAUGAUUUACUUAGCCAGUGAAGCAGUUUCUACUCCCAAAUCCAGGCAAAGAGAACAAUAAGAUUAAACGUAGCCUAAGAGAUUUCCUUUUUGUCAAAUAAUGUGAUUUUGCUAUGUAUAGAGGAGAUGUCUAUAUGUAAGGGCAUAUUUAUGACCAGUAGUUCCUAAAAUUAAGGGGACUAUUAUUGUGUUACUCAAGGUAUCAGUUGUAUAGGAUACAUUAUGUCAUAUUUCAAACAAUGUUUAUAAAGAGAUUAGUAUAAUUAACCUGUAUGUACUUCUCCUCUGGGCCAACCUUGUGUCUUCUUUAUCUGCUGACAGUCCCCUCCCCACUGAAUUAUUUUGAAUCAAAUCCCAGAUAGUCUAUCAUUGUAUUGUAUUUUUGAAUAUUUCUCUAAAAGAUAAUAAUUCCAUCAAUGAGACUGGGUGCAGUGGCUCCUCCCUGUAAUCCCAGCUCUUUGGGAGGCAGAGGUUGGAGGAUCACUUUAGGCCAGGAGUUCAAGACCACCCUGAGCAACAUAGCAAGACCCCAUUUAUAAAAAAGAAGAUUCCCAUCAAUGUAACCACAAUACCAUUAUCACACCUAAAUAAUCCAUUAAUAGCAUCGGUUUAUCCAGGCAAUAUUUAAAUAUCUUCAAUUGUCUAAAAACUUUUUGUUUAGUUGAUCGGUUUGAAUUAGAAUGCUAAUAAGGGUUAUGUAUUGUGUUUGGUUGAUAUGGGCUAUUAUAUCUCUUUUAGAUUUCCUCAAUCCUCUUUUUUUUGUUUCCCUUGCAUUUUUUAUGGGAGAAGCUGAACUGUUUGUUCUGAAGAAGUUGACAUUCUGGACUUUGUAGCUGCAGGUAAUAGUUUUUUGGCAAGAUAUUCCCAGGGAUAAGGUCGUUUAUUCAGACUUUUGAAUAUUGGCAAAUAAUAAUAUUGUUUGUAGAGGGAGAAGGAUUAGUCAAGAUAUUUUGAAGAAUCAACUAUUGAAAAAACAAAUUUUUAUCAGAGUAAGCAUGGAUCUGGUAAAGAUUAUGUGAAAUUUUCCUAAAUGCAAAUACAAUCUAAAAUUGUAAUGUCUUACAAUUAAAAAAUAGAUUAUUUUCCAUAUAUUUAUAGAAAUAUAAAUGAUCAAUCAACUAUUUCAUUGACAAUUUUAAAUCUAGUUUUAUCUUGAGGAGAAUAAAGUUUUUUAUAUCUUUAGUAUUUUAGUUGAAGAUCCAAAGACAUUUUAUGUUAAAACUUUAGGUUUUAUAUUGUUUUGUGUUUUAAAACAUAAAAUCUAAAAUGUGGUAAUAUCCAUGAGGUGCAGAUAGAGUAAUAGCACAAAUUCUGUGUUCAUGAAAAUUCAUUUUAGGAUAACUUAAUUAAAAGGACUCAGGAUUUGAAUGAUAUUAGAUUAGACAGAAAAAAGUUCACUUGAGUGUAAGACAUAAGUAAUAAAAACCAAAGGUAGCUAACUUUUUUUAGGCUUCUUCUUUCUUUAACGAGUAUACAUAUGAAAUAAAAUUUCCAUGUCCAUGUCCAUUUUUCCAUGGUACAUAGGGCUUCUAUAAUUUCAUCUAUUUCAUCCUGCAGUUAUUUUCACGGGUUUCUGUGUCCACCACUAUCUGGAAUCUCUGAGAUGGUGAAAACGAAAUCUUAUUCUUCUUUAUAUUUCAAACAAUUCCUAGCACAUUAUCAAAAAUACCUGAUAAAAUUUAUUGUGUCUGUAAUACUGGUAAGCAUGUAAAAGGGUGGUAAAUAUAUAGGCUUUAAGUUUAGAUAGAUCUAAAUAUUAUUAAAAUUACCAAAUUAUUGUUUUUAAAAAGUAUUAGUUUCCUAGGACAAAUAGAGAUUUUUAGAUAAGGCUGGAUUUGUAAUACUUUAAGCAACAGGUCACAGUGCUUAAGUAUUUAAUGCCGAUUUGGCAAGCAGCUGAUGUUUUACAUAAUGCUGUCGGGUAUUUUAUAUUUGCGUGUAUUUUCUGAUGCACUGGAUCCAGCACUUCAUGUCACGUCAUAUAUCUGUUUAUAAUGUAUACAAAUGUAUUUUCAUAUAUAUUUGAUGUUUGAUGGCUUUGAAACUUUAAUCUUGAAAUAGAUUUUAAAUUUUUAUUAAAACUAUUUAAAUAAUUACCGUAAGGAAAGAGCUCUUAUUAGUUGAAAGAAAAUGUAGAUUCAUGUUUCCUUGGAGACUAGUCUAGUUUCCAAGGAUAGACGGCAGUGAGGAGUUGGGUAUCUAGAUGGAAUUUCUGUUGGUUUGGAUUCCAGCUCUGCUGCUUACCAGCUUUGUGACCUCAGGCAAACAACUUAACCUCUCCAAGCCUCAAUUUCCCCAUCUAUCUAAUGGUGAUAUUUAUAAGUUUCGCCUUAUAGGGCCAUGGUGGGGAUUCCAUGAAAUAGUGAAUGUGAAGUGCUUAGCACAGUGCCUGGCACAUACUCAAUGCUCUAUGCAUGUCAGCUAGUACUUAAUGAUGCUAAUAGACAUGUUAUGUUCCGAAGCACGGGCGGGAUCUUGCCUGACGUCCUUCUCUCUGCGUCCUGGUCAGUCUUCACAUGGUGGGCAUCCUUUAUUUCUGGUCACACAGGGGUGGUACACAGAGCAUGCUGUUUCUUUCCUGCCAGAAGGUUCCUGCUGCAGCUCUCCUGCUAGUUUAGCUUAGCCUUCUGGUUUGAGGGAUGAGUCACAUGUACCAUCACUUCCCAGGACCAACAGGACCUUUGAGGAAAGCUAUCCCUGCUUACACAGAGAAUUGCCCUUGCCUAACACUGAAGCCUGGCAGAGUAACAUGAAGUAACCACAGCAAUUCUAAAAUUAGAAUUAGCAUGCCUAGAAUAACAGGUGCUGUUGUAGGAGCAAGGGAUACAAUGAUGAUCAAGGCAGAUGCAGCCCUUACCUUCAGGUUGUGGAGUCCGGAUACAGACUGGAGGCAGGCAGCUGUAAGAUGUGUGACAAAUGCUGCGCUGGAUCAGCCCAUGGUAUUAGGAGAGCAGGCUCCGGAAGAUUGCAAAUGACCUGCUUUCUUUCAGAUCCCGGGCUGCUUUCGGACACCUGUCGAAUAGUAAAUCCCAAGUAAGCUACCUGCGGUCGUCGGCAGAUCUGAGUUUUCUUCUUGGACACCUAACACCCACAGCCCUCCAGAGACCGAGAGGUUGAUGUCACUCCCAAUAUCGGAGGAAGUAUACAGCCCCGUGUGAGAUGUUCCUUAAUGAUAUUCCACGGCGGAGGGGGUGAUAUGACUACAUACAUGGCAGAAAGUGGAAACCCCCCAGGGAUAUUAUUCCCACGAUCCUGGAGGGAAGAAGAUGAUGUUACUUUCAAUAUGACAGAAGGUGGAUGAAGUGGUGGACUGCCCCUCCACACCUGUGGACACGCCCCCACUGAUACUCCUUCUAAUUGCAACGUGGGAGAGGAGGAUAUGACACGCCAUAUCGCAGGGAGCAGAAACACCCCUGUGAUACUGUUCUUCAUAUUCAGGGAGGAAGAGGAUGAUAUGACUCCCAAUACAGACGGGUGUACACCCUCUGUACACCGAGGGUGUACACCCGUCUGUGAAAGAGUUCGUAAUCUCCAGAGGGGGAGAUGAUAUUACUCACAAUAUGGUAAAGAGGCUGUGAGUCCACGGAGGAUCCUCAGAGCCAGCGGGGGAAGAGGGGCUGGCUCUGAGACCCCGCCUCGCUGGGGGUGCCUCCCCCCCCUGCGAUGGGGGUCCUAAGGGCCAGUGGGGGAAGAGGGGCUGGCUCUGAGACCCCGCCUCGCUGGGGGUGCCUCCCCCCCU